AUGGAUAUAUUUAGAGUGCUUGCAAGAGGUGCAAAUGUGCGGAAGAAUGAUAAGAAUGUUGGCAAAAAUGUUGAUUUCAGUAUGACAAAUACUGCCAGGGAAGAUGCAGCCACUAGUGACGAUCAUCUAACAAGGGAGCUUGAUUUUUUUCAUAACAAAAGAAUUGCAAAAAAGGUGGAAAACUCUAAGGAGAGACAGGACGAAAGUAAUAACAGUGAGCAUGAAGAAGAGGAAGAGAGUUACAAAUUUGAGCAGCCAAGAAUUACCAAUGCGGAGGAAGCUGCGGCAUUACGAAAAUCAUAUAAAGGUAAAAUAACAGGAGAAGAUGUUCCGUUACCCAUAGGCUCUUUUGAAGACUUGAUAACACGAUUCUCUUUCGAUAAACGUCUUUUGAGUAAUCUAUUGGAUAAUCAUUUUGUUGAACCAACGCCGAUCCAAUGUGAGGGGAUUCCACUCGCAUUACUUGAAAGAGAUAUUUUAGCUUGUGCUCCGACCGGUUCUGGUAAAACUUUAGCAUUUCUGAUUCCUCUUGUGCAACAGAUCAUAUCUGAAGGUAAGGAUCAAAGUGGAUUGCGUGGAUUGAUAAUAUCACCAACAAAGGAACUUGCAAAUCAAAUCUUUUCUGAGUGUAUGAAACUUGCUCACAGAGUCUAUUUGGAUAAGAAAAGACCGUUACAGGUCGCCCUACUAUCGAAAUCUUUGAGUGCAAAACUAAGGAAUAAAGUUGUCAGUGAGAAGAAAUAUGAUAUAAUAAUAUCCACACCUUUAAGAUUGAUUGAUGUAGUAAAGAAUGAAGCUUUAGAUCUUUCCCAAGUGAAACACAUCGUAUUUGAUGAAGCUGAUAAACUGUUUGAUAAGACUUUUGUAGAACAGACUGAUGAUAUUUUGAAUUCAUGUAAUAAUCCCAAAAUUCGGAAAUCGAUGUUUUCAGCUACUAUUCCUUCCAAUGUUGAAGAAAUCGCAGAGAGUAUAAUGGGAGAUUCUGUUAGAGUAAUUAUUGGUCACAAGGAGGCCGCAAAUUCAGAUAUUGAACAGAACCUUAUAUUCUGUGGUAAUGAGGAGGGGAAGCUUAUUGCCAUUAGACAGCUGGUGCAAGAGGGCCAAUUCAAGCCUCCUGUUAUUAUCUUCUUGGAAUCAAUAUCAAGGGCGAAAGCUCUGUAUCAUGAAUUGAUGUACGAUGGAUUAAAUGUGGAUGUAAUACACGCUGAAAGAACACAAAUUCAAAGAAAUAAGAUCAUCGAAAGUUUCAAGAGCGGAGAAUUAUGGUGUUUGAUUUGUACUGACGUCCUCGCCCGUGGUGUUGAUUUCAAAGGUGUAAAUUUGGUUAUCAAUUAUGAUGUGCCUAGAACCGCGCAAGCGUACGUUCACAGAAUUGGUAGAACCGGUAGAGGAGGACGCGCUGGUAAAGCCAUAACACUAUAUUCAAAACUGGAUUCGGUAGCUAUCAAACCAAUCAUCAAUGUCAUGAAGCAAAGUGGUUGUGAGGUCGCUGAAUGGAUGGAAAAAAUAUCAAAGAUAAGCAAAAAGGAAAAGGAGAUGAUCAAGAAAGGUAAAUCCGUCAAAGAAAGAAAAGAUAUAAGCACGGUUCCGAAACUUAAUAAAAUGAAAAGGAAGCAGAGACACGAUAUGAUUGAGGCCUCUAAAAAGAGAAGAUUUCAAGAUGGUGAGAAGUCUCAAGAUGGUGAAGAGCAAACCAAACAAUAA